CCAGUAUGCAGCUACCCAGUACCCUAGCCUCCCAGGCCCACUGUGCCAUCCUCAACACUUGCUAUGGUGUGCAGUGCUGCCUGGAUGUGAACCUUGGACCUUUGAAUCAUGUACUCAGUGCAUCUAUGGUGAUAGAUCCAUGCCUGGGCCAGUUGACUUUACAGUUUGAUAACUGGCAGCACAAUAAAUCUCUAUCCCAUCUUGACUUUGACGCCAGUCAGGAGGUUGCAAUUGGCAACUUUGCCAUGCUCAGGUACACACUGGUGCUGAUGGAUAGUGAUUUGUCAGUCACUCUGUCUGUUGAUAUAUGCAUCGAUGGACAUUGCACUGGAGAACUCAGGAUUUUAGAUGAUGCAGUAUCCCCACUGCCUGUGUGCUACCCUAAUGGAACCAUCUCUUGGAAUACUCUGCCAGGAAUAACAUCCAUGUCUCGGCUGGGAGGACUGGAUGCUGGAUUGGAGGCUGUGGCUAUGGCUCUCGGCUUACCAUCUCGUCUAGUCUCAGCCUCACCUUGCCCUCGUAUGUUCCGACCAAGACAGUCCGGAGCAUGUCCACACCUCCCCUCUCUACCCAACCUUCCGUCAGGGGGUAUAUGUCACUAUGCAGAUGCCUGCCUAGGGGUGAAGUGCUGUCUGGCAGAAGAUCUCGGCAUCAUCAGUCGCGCCCUGAGGGUGUGGCUGACUGUAGAUCCCUGUGACUUCAAACUGAGUGUUGGGUUUGAGAACUGGAGUUACAAUAUCACUCUUUUGAGUUACCAGUGGGGCAAAGUGAUGCAGGAAAGACUGAGUGAUGCUGUCUCCCUUUCCUUCACCAUCGAUAAGACGACUGACAACCGUAACUUCUUCCUGUCCCUCUCCAUCCAACUCUGUAUCGCUGGAGUCUGUGCUCCAGACAUUGUCAUUCUCCAAGACUUUAUGACACCCAUACCAUUCUGCAAUCGGAAUGGGACGUUGGAGUGGGCUCAAGAUAUGGGUAAUGCUUUAUGGUAUGAUGUGCAGCGCCCUCACAGCACUGUCUAUGAUGUGCAUCUGGACAUCAGCUUGUGCUGGCAGGGUGUGUGUGAGAACCCCAUCGUUAUUCUUCAGGAUGUGAUGUUUUCAACGUCCGGUUGUGAUGGGGGCAGCAGCUCUAGGAGAAAGAGACGAAGUGUGGAGGACCUUGAAUUUGCUGAGAGCAUGGACAGCAUGGAAGACAUGACAAUCAAUCCAAUAGACAAAGCCAGGGAUUACUUUAGGGCCCUUCUUAAGAACGGUUCCACCGUGUACUCAGCAGAGAAGAAUGCCAUGACAAUGCUUCAGCCAGAAAAAGCGGUUAAACCAAGGGUUUCUGAAUCCGGCACAGCAAGUCGUCGCUCCAUGGGGCUACUCAUCUUUGGUAAUGAAGAUGAAACUCCUGUCACAAGAAGGAGAAGGGACCUCUCUCUCUCGAAUACUUCAGAGAAGGGUCUUGAUGCUCUUGGUGGUCACAUUGCCAACAUGACCAUCGGGGAGUUGGAAGCAAUGCUGGAUCUUCAGAACAUUGACCCGGUCACUGUGGUUCAGCUGAUGAAAGACCUACGUGCUCUCUACAAGACCUUUAUGGAAGAGGCCAUCGACGUUUUCAAAAAUGGCAAGGCAGGGAACAGCUUUGAGCAGUUUGACGUUGUCCUCAGUGGAACCAUUCCCUUCCCCAAGAGACAUGCCAAUUUGUUUGAAUUGGAGUGGGCAUUACCGAUUGGUGGAUUCAUCACUUUAGUUUUCAGAAUUACAGGGGGAGGUUUCUUUGACAUGAAGAUACCAGUAUCCUUCAGUGUGAUUUCCAUGAAAGCAAAGGGCGGCAUAACACCAAUUACUGGUGCAAAUCUGAAAGGUAGUGUGUCUGUCUGUUUUAUCCUGUGUGCCGAGUUGCAACUCUCUGCUGAUGUGCUCCACACAAGCUUUCCCACUGUCGCUGAGAUACUGUUCUCAAAGUUCCCACUGGAUGUCAGAACAAAGAUGGACAUAGAAAUGAUUCCCCUGAGAAUUCGUCUGCGAGCUUUGGUUACUCUGAAAAUUCCAUUCUUUGGGAAGACGGUUCUUUUCAAGGCCAACUUAUAUCGCUGGGAAGCUCCUGCAGUUCACCAAACCAUCUUUGACUUCCACUCCAAGGAGCCUGACACAUCUCCCCCAGAGAUUGAACAGUACUCAACACCGCCGGAUGGAAUCCCAAUGAGAGUAGUGGGGAGGAAAGCUUGCAGUGUUGAACAGGUUCCAGGAUUAGACUAUACAUCACCAGCCUUCCAGCUUGAGGUGGCAGCAUUCGACGACAAGAGCCUGGUUACAUUUCACUACCAGGUUGGGACAGCACCUGGAGCCGGUGAUGUGGUCUCCAAGACGGAGUUUGGCGGACCCUCAGCUAUCAUCACACAGACUCUUCUCGGUGGGCAUCCUCUCUACUUCACUGUUUAUGCAAUGAACAACGGGGGAGGCAUCUCCACGGCAACCUGCAGCCUCCCAACCUUUGAUGUCACCCUCCCGACAGGCCGCAUCACGCCAGACUUCACCUCCACCAGCCACCCGCACGUACUGCGCGCCUCGGCAGUGGUGUUCGAUGACUCGGUCAUCUUGGUGCAAAAGGAAGGCGUCGGGUUUGGUCCUGACAUCUGGGGAGACCAGAUCGUGCCAUGGCAUACCAUUAACAUCACAAAGAGGCAUUAUCAAGAAGUUUUGUCCAAUGACUUCCAGUAUUUCACUGCUGCCAAGGAAGGCAGGCUGAUUUCCAAACCAAUAUCAACCAUCAUCCACCGCAACCCCAACUUAUGUGCACGGGACUGCCUAGCCCUCCCGGAGACCAAAUGCCUGAGUAUCAACUACAACUAUGGGGACUUCACCUGUGAACUGUUGGACGAGAUUGAGGGUCAUGGGGUCGAAGUUCACAAGUCUGGAUUCUUCUCCCACUAUGAGCGUCUCGGUGUGGGCCAUGCCGUCGAGUUUAGUCAUGAAUCGCUCCAACUUGUCCACAACAACCUCUACUACUUCAACAUAGAGCUCCUCAACUACGUUGGCUAUGAGAACAUCAUCUCAUCAGUCGGCAUCAUUGCGGACUUCACACCUCCUGCACCAGGGUUGAUCAUGAACGGGAUCAGGGAGGAAUUGGUGCAUGAACCAUGUGUAGAGUUCACUCCAGAGGAGUGGGAGAGACGAUGCAUUGAAGACACACCGCUGGACAACCAUCGUUAUAUCAUUGAUGGUCCUGGGUCUCUGACCGUAUUCAAUGGUAAUGAGGAACAUGUUGACAUGCUGUAUACAAGAAGUAAUACCUUCAUUGCAGCUAACUGGGAUGGUAUCCAUGAUAAUGAAACCGGUAUCCAUGGCUACACCUGGUCCAUUGGUAGUGGCAUCUGUGCCGAUGAUAUCAGCAGGCAUGUUGACCCUCAUGCUCACCUGUUUGACGAGUCGGAGUGGACCCACCAGGGACUCGUUGUCAACAUCCAUCUUCCAGAUGGUGCAUACUAUAUCUCGGUGCGUGCUCUCAACAAAGUGGAGUUUGGCGGUCCCAUGGCACUCACUGUGUGCCACAGCACCCCACUCAUUAUCGACAAGACUCCGCCCAUCAUUUACAGCGUCCACCACAUCACGUAUGACUCCACCACUGGCAGAAUUGGAAUGAGAGUCAAUGCAACUGAUCCUGAGUCCCAUUUACUUGAGUAUCAUCUGGCAGCAGGCAAGACCCGUAGAGAUAAAUCACUGCGGGACUGGGAGGCUCACGUGUUGGCUGAAGAGCUUUUCAUGGACUUCAAGAUACCGAAUGGUGUACCGUGCUGGGUGAAAGUCAGAGCAGUCAACAAUGUCGACCUACGGACUGUAGGCCAUGCUGACGAGCCCAUUCUUGUUGAUGAUUCCCCACCAAUUCCUGGAGACUUGUUUGAUGGGCCGUAUGCUGGACGAGAUCUCACAUUUACCAAAGACAGAAAUGAAAUUUGUGCCAACUGGCAUAAUUGGCAUGACCCCGAGUCUGGGAUCUCCUCAUAUCUGUGGGCAGUGGGAACCCAGCCUGGCCUUAGUAACGUGGUAAACUACAUCAAAGUGUCUCAUCGAGAGCACACUGCCUGCUCUGACUAUGUGACCCUGCAGCACGGAGAGAUGUAUUACUCCACACUCGUAGCCUUCCAUGGUGGAUAUGAUAAGCUCAAUGUGACAGCUUCAUCCAAUGGAGUGACUGUGGAUCUCACUCCACCGAUGCAAGGAAGUGUCUGGGACCACCCACUUGCAGGAACUACUGACCUAGACUUCUCCUCAAGGCCGGCCACUGUGGAAGCUCAGUGGCAUGGAUUCUCUGAUCCAGAGUCUGGUAUCAAAGACUAUCAAAUCACAGUCUAUCGCAGCUCCAAUGGCUCAACUGACUUUGAGGUCAUCCAUGAGGCAGAAUCAGUAAGUAUUGCUACAUCCUCCAUUGAGUGGCAUCACUUCCACCUCCAUCACAAGGACCAGGUUUAUGUCAACCUACGCACUGUCAACCAGGCUCUGAAUCACAUUGACACCCCUACCGAUGGCUUUAUUGUAGACCUGACCCCUCCAGUGCUGCAGGCCCUAGGAGAUGGGCUGGUGGUUGGAGAAGAUGCUGACUUCCAGUCCCAUUCAGAUAGUCUUGCUGUUCACUGGAACUACUUUGAUGACGAGUCUGGCAUUGAAUCGUUCCAGUUGGCCAUCUACGAGAUUCGACAUGGGAACAAACGCAAGAUCUUCCCUAUGGAUGCAAACCCCAGGAGCUUUGAGUUGAUCUCUGAUAUCGCAACUCGGUCCCAUGUCCAAAGUGGUCUGACGCUGCGUCCUGGAGCUCUCUAUGUGACACAAGUCAAAGCCAAGAAUCAAGCCAAGCUGGUUGCUUCUCAUGAAACCAGUGGCAUCAUGGUGGAUCCCAGCCCUCCUGUGAUGAGAUACAUCUACGGUGGAAACCUGGAUGGGGAGGCUGAAGAAAUCUUCAAUGGCUACUUGUACCAGAACAGUCGCUCCACAAUCCAGGCAUCCUGGCUGGCUGCAGAUGGUCAGAGUGGUAUCAAGAACUACUGGGUGGCAGUUGGAACAGCACCAUGUAUCCCUAACAUUUUGAGUGUUCAAGCAGUCAACAGUGUUGGGUCCAGGAGAACUGUGCACAGCACAGGUUUGACUGUGGAUAACACUCCACCUAGUGGUGGUCAGGUCCAGUGUCCUGCCUUCAUCCAUGCUGACAGCAUUCUCUUGUGUAGCUGGACUGGCUUCCUUGAUGCUGAGUCUGGUAUCGAUCACUACAGUUUUCUCAUUGGGACAGCCCAGGGCCUGAGUGAUGCAUAUCAGUCUGGUACCUUGCCUAGAUACCUCACUCGCUACAGUGUCAAAGAUAUGAAUUUGGUUCACAACCAAGUCUACUAUGCCACUGUGGAGGCUUUCAAUGCUAUCAACCAAAGCACUAUGGCAUUCUCUACCCCAAUCAAGAUUGAUGAUACUCCUCCAUUAUAUGGCCUGGUGGUGGAGCUGCCUGGAAUACACACCUUCAAUUUCAGUGAUCCGAUGAGUCUGCCAGAAUUGGACUGUACUAACCAAGAGGAAUGCUUACUCCUGGACGGCGAGUGUCUGGAAUCACUCACUCAGCUGCAGAUCCUGUGGCAGCCAUUCACUGACAAAGACACCCAGAUCACCAAGUAUGAGGUUGCCCUGGGCACCACACCUGGGGGUUCUCAGGUCAAACCCUUCUAUGAAGUGUCCAAGGAUCAGACAUCAGAGCUCAUCACUAACAUUGAUCUGAGUGAUAUCCGUAAAGUCUAUGCCACAGUUAGAGGCUACAAUGAAGCCGGUCUGACCAGCACUGCUGUGUCCAAUGGCAUCUUUGUCAGCCAGUUCAGUGCCGGCCAUCAACCACUCCGACCCUUCCAGGUCAAAGAUGGAGUCAGCGACAAUGAACUUGGUGACAUGGACUUCCAGACAUCACUGCAUGAGAUGAGUGCAGCGUGGGACUUCAGCGGGGACCCCUGUCCUAUCACGAAGUAUGAGUGGGCCAUUUAUAGAAUUGAUAACCAGGAGAUUCAGCCAUUCACCAGUGUUCAAGAGCAAACUUCAGACACCAACACAGAUGUUGAAAUGACAGAUGGUGAGACCUACUACAGCAUUGUGCGGGCUACCAACGCCCUUGGCCUGGCCAUCACUGUCCGAUCUGAUGGAAUCACUGUGAAGCGAGAACCCUUGAUACCUGGGCAGGUGUAUGAUGGCCUCCUGGUGGGCUUUGAUCUGACUUACCAGAAGGAGACGGAUACCAUUUCAGCAAGCUGGAAGGGGUUUGGACAGGGAAUGCCAGCAAAAGAAAACGUUCAACACACAGGAAAUGCUGAAGUCACCAGAGACCUCUUCUUAGAGCAAAGUGUUGAUUACUAUGAGGCAGCGGUCGGUACUGACCCUCACUACCCUAAGACCAGAGACAAUGUAGUGCCCUUCACCCACAUUGGCUUAAACACCACAGUCACCUUCACUAACCUGGACCUGACAGUACAAGACUCAACUUACUACGUGACAGUUAGGGCAUACAGUGUGAACUUUGCCACAGCUGAGGUGACAUCCACAGGGAUCAGUGUUGGGAUAGGCAGCACAGUCCAUGGAACUGAGGUAGAAGUGCCCAAGUAUGUGAACUCGGUCUCAGAGGUCCAAAUCAUGUGGGGAGAAUAUGAAUCCACACUCCCCAUCCUGUUCUACUACACCGGCCUGGGUGAACCCUCCCCGUCCUCCAUCCCACCUGAAGACAUGGACUGUCUGGAUAUGGUGUUGGGGACCAAGGAGGCCCAGGCAACCUUCAGCAAAAGGCAAAUGCGCUUUGUUGGCAAAGACACCUAUGUAGAUAUCAGAGGCCUGAAUCUGACCCAGGAAGGCUCCUACUAUGUGACUGUUGUAGGAGUGAAUGAAGGGGGACAGUGUAACUCCUCGACCAGUUAUUUCUCUGUUGAUGUCACGCCUCCUGUCGAAGGUCAAAUGCGUGUUGGACCUUUCUAUGACAUGCCUGUUGCAUACACCGACAGCACCGAUUCAGUCUCUGUUGCCUGGGAGGAUUACAGGGAUGAUGAGAGUGGAAUCAAAUCCUUCAACCUCCGCCUGAUGCAGGCUGCAUCGUGUGACAUCGGCGAUGACAACAACCUGACUCCGCUACCCAACCAACACUGGCUGGUACUCGGCCCAGACACCAGAGAUUUUACAUUUGUGGCCCUAAGCCUUGUGACAAACCAGCCCUACUUUGUUCAAAUGUCGGCUGUUAACCACGCUGGAGGCAGUAUCCAGUCCCAAUUCGGACCCAUCUUUGUCGACUCUUCAGAACCGACAGCUGGAAUGGUGGUUGAUGGAAUGGAUUUCAUGAUGGACGUAGUAAACAGCAAGGAUCGAAAUCAAGUUUCUGGAACAAUCCUUCAUUUGCCCAACCCAGUGGGUCCAUCUUGUCCAAUGAAGGACAUUCCCUUCACCGAUCCACAUUGGUCAGCGAUGGAUUUCAAAGGACUGUGGAAUAUGAAAAGAGACAAGUGGAACUUGGAAUACAAAAUGCAGCAGGUAUCUGCAUCCAAUGAGAGUUUGACACUUAAGAUGGAGCGGGACACAAGAGGGCCUCGCAUGCUCUCUGGGGCCUAUGUCACCAAUGCACAGAUUGUCAGGAGCUCUGAGUAUGAGUUUGAUCUGAAGGCAGCACCGCCUGACCUGCACAGCGUGACUAGCAUUCUAUUCUGGGAUGGCCCGGAUGGAACCAUUGGGGAUUUUGACUUUGGUGGACGGGAAAACUGGCAAGAAGGAAUCUGUCAGUGCUGCUAUCAACAACCCUUCAAUCAAUCCAUGUGCCCUCAAUGUGAUUGUCAGGACUUCUUAGGAAUACUUGAUUCAUCUGAAGACAACUCAAUGUAUGCAAGUACCACCAACAUGCCACCUGUGACCACAGCUAGUGAGUUCGCAUCCAGUGGCAUACAUGAACAGCCUGAAGUGACUAUUAGUGCCUCACUGACCACUUUGACCUCCAGACCAUGGGCCAUCCAUAGAAAAAAGGACGGCAGGGACAGGAUAUCCAACAAUGACAAUGCUGGAUGGAUUUCACAGAGAGCGUGCGGCUUCCAACUUUAUCCAAAUGGCAGUGCAUCUCAAGCUGUGCUGUGGUGCCGUUACUUCGAGGAUGGUCAGCGAAUGUCCUCUCAGCUUGUAGAUCUAGACUUUGAUCCGUCAGUAGAGGAGCGUCAUUACACAGUCAACUUGAGAGUCACACCAUUUGAUGCACAUGAGGAUGAAUGGUCCUUUGAAGUCCUCAUUGAUGGUAAGCUGCUGGCCUCACUGACUGGCAUACCAGUCAUGUCCUCAUCUACCAAGCUCAUUCUGCAUGUCUUCAAUCGAGACAGCUACAUUGCUGAUCUGCAAGACCCAUUCAAUCCUCCAGUUGUCACAGCAACACUCAGGAACUUCAAGAUGCCACCUGAGCAGAGUAAGCUGUGUCGUUAUGGGGCACCAUUCAGGGCUGGUACCAAUCCUGUCUCCCGUUACUUUGCCGGUGUUGGCUCAGAAGCAGGAGCUACUGAUAUCGUACCUUUCAAGGAGGUAACAUGGAUUUUUAACUAA